AAUCGUUCACAGAUGGAAGCUCCGUGAUAUUCAUUGCUAGCACGGCUGUCGUCUCAUCGAGCACGUUUCUACAGCUAGCAGCACUAACGUUACAAUGGCGCUGGUACCGGACCACGGCUGGGCUUGGGCCAUGUUGCUAGGUGCCCACGUCAGCGCCAUGCUCAGCAACGGUUACCUGCUUGCGCUCGGUGUGUUCUACAUCGAAUGGAAAGAAGUUUUUGACUUGUCCGCCACCGAUGCAAGUUGGCUUUUGAGCAUGCCCAUGGUGGUUGCCAGCCCUUUGUGUUUCUUUAUCGGCAUUUUAGCGUCUUGUGUCGGCAUACGCCCUGUAUCUAUGCUCGGAGCUGCAGUGACUGGUCUUGGAACUAUACUGGGGUCGGUAUCCUCCAAUAUUGACCAGCUUUACAUUUGUAAUGGGCUGACCGGUGUUGGCACUGUGAUGACAGUGUCACCAGGCAUGAUUAUGAUCUCGCACUCGUUCAAGAAACGCUAUGUCUUUGCCAACGGACUAGCUGUGCUAGGGCUGAACGUGGGCCAGAUGGUUUUCCCACCUUUGAUUCGUCUUCUAAUCGUAAGCUACGGUUGGAGAGGCGCCAUGUUUAUCAUCGGGGCUUUGCAGCUGAACGGGGUCGCGGCUUGCGCCCUGUUUCGGCCGAUGAAGUCGAUCCUCAAGGAUGUACCACGAGACGACGAAAGACGAAGACCCUGUAUCAAGCGAAACAAGUGCGGAGACGGCACACUUCGGCAACAUGUGAAAUACCUCUCCAUUUUCAGCAAUAUCAGGGCAAUGUUGGUUCUGGUGGCCGUCUGUGCUUACUCGAUGGCUUUGAUAGUAAACCUCUUCCAUCUACCGGAGCGGUCCAAGGAAGCCGGGUGGUCCCAUGACCUAAGCGCAAUGCUGGUCUUCGUCUACGGGCUAAUAUCGGCGGUCACCCGCUCCACCCACGGCUGGCUCGUGGACAGAAACUACAUCGGCCCCUUCAAGCUCCAGCUGAUCGUGAUUCUCGGGGCGACUCUAAUCUCCUUCCUGAACCCAGUCUCGGACAGCUACACAUUCCUGGUGUUCUACACGCUAGUCCUUGGAGCCUUCCUCGGGGUUUCCUCGCCUCUCCUUAUCGUGAACAUGAAGAAUGUCGCCAGCCCGGCGCAAGUGCCUUCCGCCAUAUGCUUGACUUGGGCGUCGUUUUAUCUGUUCAGUGGCGUCGGAUCAGUUCUCGCUGGUACAAUCUAUGACGCCACUGGGAACUACCUAGCCCCGUUCUUGACGAGUGGGACCCUGUUUCUGUUGGCAUUCUUGCUGUUCGCGGUAGUCACCGUAAUGAAAUCCAGACAAGACAAACGCCUUAAACUACAUGUAGACACCACUAGCACCGCAGUGUAUCAUGUAGCGACGGAAGACAUCGGUCAAGAUACUGCUUGAGGGCGCCGUUCCUAUCCUUGUUUGCUUUCCAAGAACUCAAACGUACGCACUUGUCUGCGUUCAAGGGGGAAAAGAUGCAGAAGUGUAGGCCUAUUCAGUUUUAUGAUCUAUGAUCAAUCGAUUGUAACCUUUUUUUCACUGUAAUCUAUUUCCUUGUGGUAAAUUUACUGUAGGUAUGUUCCUGUGAAUUGUCAACACACUGACAGCAAAGUUACUACAAGAAAUAGAUUACAGUAAAAAAAAGAGAUUACAAUCGAUUAAAAAGGCACUAACAGCUGGAACAAAUCCCUCAAGAAGGACCCAUAACAUAGGACAAAACCAAACAAUACAUUUACACAUUUGUUAUUCUGUUUUCCAUGUCAGCGAUAGAUCAUAAAACUGAGUACACUCUCAUUUCCUGCAUGGUAGUCUUUGUUUUGUAUUAAUUUGUUGUAAAUUUCCCCGUUGGUAUGCUUCUGAACUAUUGAAUGGAUUUUGUUGCUGGUAGUUAGACUGAUCUAACUGUAUCCACUCUGCUGUGACGCUCGAAGGUACGCAACAUCCGAAAAUAAUUGUUGCCACCAACCUUUCCACAGCGGACGGCGCUGCACAUGAUAGUUUGAACAGACCCAAGAAUCCACA